AGAAUUUAAAAUAGAUUGUCGUGAAUAUCUAACAUCUAAACAUUCAACCCCGCUUAGUGAACCACUUAAACAGCCACCACCAUCUAAGACAUCACGACUAAACUUAGACUCCCGAAAAUGGUUCCCAAGAUCUUCCUCACCGGUGCGACUGGCUACAUUGGUGGUGAUAUUCUCUACCAGCUGAACAAAGUCCACCCGGAUUAUGAAUAUACACUACUUGUACGAAACGAGGAGCGAGGCAAGCCCGUCGCCGCUGCUUACCCCAAGGCCCGUAUCGUCUACGGCACUCUAGAUGAUGCCGAGGUGAUCGAAAAGGAGGCUGCCGCAGCAGACAUCGUCGUCCACACUGCGGACUCAGCCGACAAUGUUCCUUCUGCAAAAGCAAUUGCGAAGGGUCUUGCGGCGGGCCACACAGCCGAGAAGCCCGGCUAUUGGAUCCAUCUUUGCGGAACCGGCAUCCUGACUUGGUACGAUUCAACCAACAAGCGCUACGGCCAAGCGCCGCUGCCGGAGCAGAAAUACCACGACAUCGACGACAUCGACCGCAUCCUGUCAUUCCCGGACGCCGCUCUCCACAGGAACGUCGACAAGAUCGUGUUAGCAGCAAACGACUCCCCCGCAAUCAAGACCCUAAUCGUCGGACCCCCUACCAUCUACGGCCAGGGCCGCGGUCCCCUCAACCAGCGCAGCAUCCAAAUGCCCAUGCUCAUCGAGUACACGCUGAAGAACGGCUACGCGCCGUACCACCCCCCCGGCCUGACCGAGUGGAACAACCUGCACAUCUACGACGUGAGCGACUUCUUCGUACAGGCCGUAGAAGCCGCGCAGGACCCUUCUAAGAACAGCAACCCCGAGAUCUUCGGCCCCAAGGCGUACUACUUCCUCGAGAACGGCGUGCACAAGUGGAGCGACGUAGCUAAGUGGGUCGCCGACGAGGCCGCGAAGCAGGGUUUUAUUCCUGAGCCCAUUGCUAAGGAGGUCGAUUUACCAUUUUUCGCGACCAAUUCCAAGGCUGUUGCCGCUAGGGCGAAGAAGUAUUUAGGCUGGACGCCUAAGGGUCCGACCUUGAAGGAUGAUAUCGCGCCAGGCAUGACUCUUGAGGCGAAGAGGUUGGGCAAGGCUUGAUUAAGUUGGUCUAGAAGAGAUACUACUCGAUGCCAAUUCUCUAUAAGAUCUUGCUCCAAUUUCUUAACUAACGACUAAAUAGAGUGACCCAACCCGUACCCACCUUAUACAUUUCAUUCAUUAUCAUUACCAUCGUAUACCCAAAUACAUCCAAGAAGACAUCCUUGCAGAAUAUCUCAUACUGGAUACUCAUGAACC